AUGUUCACCCAAUUCUCGCGACUACGCCUUCCGACCUUUGGCUUCGGGAGCAAGGCACCCACAGUCGACAUCCCCCCGGUCGAGAUCCACGAUGUCGAAGAAGCCGCCGACAAGCGGCCGCGAACGUUGAAGCACCUCAUCCGCGCCAACCACGUCAACCACUCAAUCAUCUACCACAACCUGCAGUUCCACAACCACAACAACCACAUACUAGGCUCGGCCUAUAUCCUCGGCGCGAGUCCGGAGCACCUGAACGAGAUAUACGAUAAGGAGUCGAAAGAGCUGGAGCCGUGGCAUGAUUCGCCGGGGGAGAUCUCCAAGGAUGACUGGAGGGACUUUUUAGGCAAGAGGGAGUACCAGCGCGCAUUCGUCGACUACUUCGAGGACCAGCUUGUACAAUACGGCUAUGACUGGAAGCAGCUCGUCCAUGACUACAUGUUCGAGGGCAAAGAGCCCCUCAUCAACAGCAUGAUCUCAGGCCUCGGCCACCCCCUCAUCCACCUAGGCUACGGCUUCGAGCUCUCCUCCCGCACCGUCGCCAUCGAAGCGCUCGCCCACGCAACCUGCUUCCACAACUAUCUGCAUAAGUAUCUCGACGACCCGUCCUACACCAAGCCCUCAACCUACACGUCGCGCUCCGUCCUCGAGAUCCUCAAAAACGUCUCCAACGACAAGCGCUUCGACGACCUCUUCGCCGAGCCCGGCGCAGACAAUAUCGCGCCCCUGCUCGGCGACCACGAGGCCGAGGUGCUGGAGCACUGGAACGCGUGGCAGGUCGAGGAUCCGCGGGCGCAGUUCGAGGAGAGCCAGAAGGCAGCGGUGGCGCUGCUGGUUGGGACGCCACGGCCGGGAGGGAGGGAGGGGAAAUACGACUUCUUCAUCGUGCAUCUGCUGACGAGCUCGCACGCUGUGCGUAUCCUGCUGCCGCUGAUUCCGGCCAAGUUCCAGGUCCCGCUUGUGAGGCAGUGGUGGCUGUUUGCGCUGGCGGUGUAUGUCGCGCAGUUGAGGCCGGCUGUCGAGAUGGGCAGGAUCACGGAGUAUGAGCUGGGGGGGAGGGACUGGAAGUUUGUGGUGGACAAGGCGCUGAAGGGGCCGCAUUCGCUGGACGCGCAUUAUGUCAAAGCUUGCCGAGCCAUGAAGGAAGCGGCGCACACCUGGGGCGACAAGGAGAACUUCUACCUCAAAGCAGCCGUCAAGUUUGCGGAUGAGUUCGAUUCUUGGGGCGGGUUCGGGGCGAUGGAUGAGGAGGGUAAGAUGCAUGAGCGCAGGAUCUCAACUUGA